AUGCCUCUCAAAAGAGCCGUCACGGAACAAAAGAGAAGAAGAGGAAGAAGAAGAAGAAGAAGAAGAAGAAGAAGUGAUCUGUGCGAGGUUCCUUUUGAUGUGGUGAUCGAAAUUCUGCUUAGAUUGCCAGCAAAAUCGCUGUUAAGGUUCAAGUGCGUCUCAAAGGAAUGGUCAACCCUCAUCUCUUGUCCCUCUUUUCGCAGCCGUUUAUUCACGCACACACGGCAAGAACAACAAUACAUCUCUCUAGAGGAUGAGGAAGGGCCACGCAUACUGCUAUCAAUAUCACUAUCACCAACGUCGUCUCCAGACAAGACUUGUUAUGUGGUCGACGGGAGCAUAACAGGGCAUGCAGGCUUGUCCUUGAAUGCUGUUCGUGGCUUGGUAUGUUUCCCUGUAAGCGGAACAGCGUGUGUCCUUAACUCCACUACAAGACAAGUCUUGACCUUACCCGAGAUCGAAGCCCAUAGAUACGAUCGCGGCAAGUACUAUAUAGGAUACGAUCCCGUCAAUGAUCAAUACAAAAUAGUCUGCACGAGUCUAGGAUCCUCGUGUUUUUGGGUCUUGCUACUAGAAGCUGGAGGAGGCUCGUGGAGAAAGGUGCUUGUUCAUCAGCGUCAUUAUCCGUCAAAACAAGUAUGGCUUAACGAUGGAUCAGUAGUACAUUACACUGCUUGGAUCAAUGAGUACACUUGUGCGGUUGUGAGUAUUGACGUAAGGUCUGAAGAGGUGACUACCAUCCCAGUACCUAGGGAACAAGUCGGGGAUGAGGUUGAGGAAGCAACUUGGACGAAGAAGGGUCUUAUAAAAUAUGGUGGGAAUAUAGCUGUUUACGAUCAUACUCGCCUCGAAGACGAGGGUUUUGUGGAUUUAUGGGUAUUGGAAGAGAAGAAAUGGUUGGAGAAGAAGAGGCUUGUUUUGCAGCCUUGUCAAAGGCAUUUAGUCACUGAAGACAUUGAGUUGGUCGUAAAAGGUACAACUCAGGACGGCAAGCUCAUCUUGGCACCGUUAGAGAUGAUGCAUUCUCAUGACUUGUACUUUCUGCUUUACGAUGUGCACAUCAAUGAUUUGAGAAAGGUUGAAAUCAAAGGAGUACCACCCCUUUGGUCUAAUAAAUUCUGCUAUUUUGGCUUGAGGUUAAUGGAUGAGAAUCAUUACGUCAUGGAGAAGGAGAAGAGGACAUACUCCAGGAGCAUCCGUGAUCGAGACCUAACUGCCGACCAUUCUCCGGAACGUCACGGCGGGCGUCGCGGUGGUCGUGAUGCAGAUCACUAUCAUCACGAAAGGUCUCACGAAGGAAGAAGCAAGGAGAAGGAAGCGAGGAGUAAGAGGAAAGAUAGAGAAGAAGAGAAUAGGGAUAAAGAAGGAAACAAGAAAUCUAGGUUUUGUGGUGAGAGGAGGAGCAGGUUUGAAGAUGUAGAAACUGUGAAGAAGAACGCUCAAGUCAGUCAAGGUUCUGUUCCUAUUGCAUCGGAAACUUCUAGUAUUCGUCAAACCAUUGAAGCUGCCAAGAAGCGAGCUCAGGAGGUGGCAGCUCAGAUGGGACAGGCAAAGACAGAGACAGAUGUUGCGGUUGAAGCACGGAAGCCGACCACUAAGUCCUUUGUUCUGCGUGUGGAUGCACUUGGAAGAGAGAUAGAUGAACAUGGACAUGUGAUUGCUAGUGUAACUAAACCAAGCCAUCUUACUACAUUGAAGGUUAACAUCAACAAACACAAGAAAGAUGAUAUUCAGAUUCUUCAACCUAAUCAAGUAGUAGAUCAACAAGAAGAAAACCCCUAUUUUGACCGAAGGAUGGGUGAUAUCGAUAAAAACAAGAUCUCAAGACCUAAACGUAUGAGUUUCCAGUUUGUUGAGCAAGGUAAAUGGGAAAGAGAUGCUAAGAGUUUGAAGCUAAAGUAUCAAUUUGGUGAAGCAAGAGCAAGAGAGCUCAAGGUGAAGGAAGCUCAUCUUAAAAAGGCAGAUGGUGAUCACAUAAACCCUAAUUUGAUAGAGUUACCUGAACGUGUCCCAAGACAAGAGAAGCUCAAGGAGGAGCCAAUCUCAGAUGAUCAUGUUGAGUGGUGGGAUGCAAAUAUCCUCACGAUCAAAGGCAACACUAAAACUCUGAAGAUGGAAAAAAUUACUCAUUACAUUGAGCAUCCACGUCCCAUAGAGCCACCUGCAGAGGCAGUGCCUCCACCUCCACAGCCUCUUAAACUGACAAAGAAGGAACAGAAGAAACUUAGAACACAGAAACGUGUGGCGAAAGAAAAGGAGAAACAGGAGAUGAUCAGACAAGGGCUUCUUGAACCACCGAAAGGAAAGGUGAAAAUGAGCAACCUAAUGAAUGUUCUUGCGUCCGAAGCAACACAAGACCCAACCAAGCUUGAAAAAGAGAUCCGAAAAGCAGCUGCUGAGCGUGAACAGGCUCACACGGACAGGAACGCAGCGAGGAAGCUAACUCCAGGAGAGAAACGUGAGAAGAAAGAAAGGAAGCUUUUUGACGAUCCAAAAAAAGCUGAGACGAUUGUGUCCGUGUACAAGAUCAAGAAGCUAUCGCAUGGCAAAACAAGAUUCAAAGUGGAGAUGAAUGCAAGACAGAACAUGUUAACAGGGUGUAGUGUGAUGACGGAUGAGAUGAGUGUUGUUGUGGUUGAGGGUAAGAGCAAAGCAAUAAAGAGAUACGGGAAGCUGAUGCUGAAUCGAAUUAACUGGAAAGAGGCAGAGAAGAAAGAAGAAGAAGAAGAAGAAGAAGAGAAUGGUGGAAACAACAAGUGUUGGUUGGUUUGGCAAGGAAGUGUUUUGAAACAGAGUUUUGAUAGGUUUCAUGUAAAAGAAUGCUUCACCAAAUCUGCCGCCAAGAAAGUUUUCACGGAUGCUGGUGUUGCUCACUACUGGGAUCUUGCUCUCAAUCACUCAGACGACUAA